AAACAAAGGAAGAAUGAAGUCAACAAAGGUUCGUGAGUCAUCAUUUUUGGAAUCUCAUGAUCACGUUCUUUUGGAUAUUCCUGUCAGUAGAGAGCAGAUGAAUCAUUAUCGAGCUGCAGCUGAAACUGCUCAAAGUGAACUUGCAGCACUUUCAGUGAAGUAUGACUGUGCCCAGUCAGAGCUGCUUAAACUCAGGUCGAGCAUGAUCUCUAAAGAAGCUUCUUUUCAAGAGCUGAAGGCUGAAGCUGAAAGCUAUAAGGAAAACAAUGCCAGACUGAUGUCUCGCCUCCUGUCUUUGCAAACACAAAUCCAGGAGAUGGAAGAAGAGCUCUGCGUGCUCACUGCUUCUAAAAACCAGGCUGAGCUGGCAGCUCAGAUGGCAUGUAAGGAAAACUUGGAGCUGAAGGAGGAGCUCCAUGAGAAAAGUGCAGAACUUAAUAAAUAUUUGAAUGAGUGUGAAGAAAACAUGACUCAAGCUUCUAAAAUCAGCAAAAACUAUGAAGAGCUCCUUACGCAUCUUUCUGGAUUCUUGGACAUAGACAUCAGAGAAAAAGAGAAACCACAAGAACAUUUAACAUCAAAGGUCUCUGAGAUAUGUAAAGAAAAUGUGACACUAAAAGACCAGGUUGCUGCUCUUCAAGAAGCUGUGAAUGUCCAUGAGAUGGAGUCCAAAGCUAACAGAGAAACUAUAAUGAGACUGGUUUCAGAAGUGGCCAAGGAGCAGAAAAAGGCAGCAGGAUACUACCAAGACAUGGAAAAACUUAGUAAGGAUCUUGACAGCGCUAUAAUAAAGAGGCAGAGUUUAGAGAUGGAGAUCAGAAACCUCCGAGAGAAACUGACUGUUAACCAGAAAGCUUUGGACACCUCAAAGCAGGAGCUGCACAAUCUGAAGAAAUCUUCCAGUGAGUUAGAUGCAAGCUUGAAGAGUAGCAGAGAAGAGGCCAGGACUGCUCAGAGCUCUUUAGAGGCUUUUAAAGAAGAAAUUGCUAGCCUGCUCAGCUGUGGAUCUACAAUAGUUAAACCUUCUGAGAAGGCCAUUUUGGAGAGGAUCCAAGAAAUAAAUUGCAAAGAGAAGAAUAAAGAAACAAUGGUAUCUCAGCUUGAAACACAAUUAACUAAAUUGACUAAAGCUUUGGAAAAUCAGACCAGAUUGUACCAUGAAGCCCUGGAGAGGAGCAGGAAAGCUGAAAAAUGUUCUGAAAAUUUCCACGAUCAACUGAAGCACUUGGAAGAGGAAUUAUUAAAUGGAGACCUGAUGCAGGAUGGUUUGAAGCUUGAGAAACAAAAAUAUCUGAAAUUUCUGGAGCAACUUAAUGAGAAGAUGAAGCUGGACAGUCUGGCAGCAGAGGUUGGAUUUGAUAUGACCAUGGAUGUGAUUCUGGCCCGGGUAGAGCAGUUGGUGAAACUGGAAGGGGAUGCAGUGGUUGAGAACAAGACUGUGGCAUACAGCCUCAGAAGGAAGUUGAAGGCUCAGAAAGAGAAACUUGAAAGCAAAGAGCUUCACAUGAACCUUCUGAGGCAGAAAAUAACCCAGCUGGAAGAAGAGAAGCAAGUAAGGACUGCCUUAGCUGUGGAAAGGGAUGAGGCCAAUCUUGCUGUCAGAAAGUUACAUAAGAUGAUAGAGAGGCUACAGAAGCAGCUUGAUCUGGCAAGGGAAACAAAUACUGAUCUCAAAGCCAAGCUGUCUGAAACCAGUGAACUUAAGAUCAAAACUUUGGAGCAGAACCGAACAAUAGAAGAACUCAGUAAGUCUCAAGACAAAUUGGAAAGAAUGAAAGAAAAAGCUGAGAAACAACUUAGAUCUGCCAAAUCAGAACUUCUUUUGAAGGAGCAUAAAGCUACUGAAGAUAAAGAAAAAACCAAAAAUAUGUUAGAAGCAGUUACCAGUGAGAUGAAGGUGCUUAAAACAACCCUUGCAGAACUAGCAAAAAGAGAGAGACAGCUGGCAGAUUUCCGAGAGGUGGUCUCGCGGAUGCUGGGCCUUGACAUUGCCAGCCUGGCUCUUCCUGACUAUGAAAUCAUUUCACGCCUUGAAGGGCUGAUCCACUCCCAUCAGCACCACUUCUUCCCCUGUGUCUGCCUCAGAGACGUGGCAAGGACCCCAGAGGAGCAGCAAAGAAACAUCCAGCUUCUUCAUUGA